AUGGAUGUACAGCAAGAACGCAUUAGCCAGAUACUAGCAACAGUAAAAUGCUCUGAUUGUGGAGUUCCCGUAGAAUUUCGAAAGUUGAGUUCACAUAUCUGCAAGGCUGCUCCAGCAGUUCCUAAUUUACCAGCAACUUUUAAAAAUAAUAUGGGUUCUUCGACUGGUCUCAAUCCAGGCGGCCCAAUGAUGUUUCCAGGCAUAAAGAAGUUAGAUAACAACAAUAAUUCAAGACCGACCCUUAAUCCCAUUUCGGUUCCUGGCCAGAAUCCAUACAACGCUUAUGGGCAACCACCACGCUCCCCGAUAUCACCACGCUCCCCAUAUGAAAAUCCUCCUUCAAUGCCUGUGAAUACGGGAUAUUCGGGUAUGCCAGCAAAUUACAACAACCCUCCAGAGGCUUCGCGUAUCAGCAGCGGAAACUCCCCUAAUACCUUUCUGAAAAAGUAUAACAAGCUUACCGGCAAAUCCAUAGAGUCCUCUACAAAUCAAUUCACAACCUCUCCAGUAGAAGCUCCUUAUUCUGAUAACAGCAGAACCGAUUAUUUCGGUAACUCUAAAUUCCCCGAACCUUCGGUGCCGCGGGCGGGACCUUACCAACCAAAUUCUAAUGGGGUUGGAAGCAACCAAGGAAAUACUUUCAAUAAUAAUACCGCUAAUAAUUCAUAUAAUCCACGCGGCCAAUAUACGCCCGAGAGAAACCGAGAUGUGUAUGGCGUUGAUAAAACGCGAGAUCAACCUGGAGCAGAUAGGAUGCGUGACCAAUAUCGUGCUAAUGGAGAUCAACCUGGAACAGAUAGGAUGCGUGACCAAUAUCGUACUAAAGGAGAUCAACCUGGAACAGAUAGAAUGCGCGACCAAUAUCGUGCUAAUGAAGAUCAACCUGGAGCAGAUAGGAUGCGUGACCAAUAUCGUGCUAAUGGAGAUCAACCUGGAGCAGAUAGGAUGCGUGACCAAUAUCGUACUAAUGGAAAUCAACCAGGAGCAGAUAGGAUGCACGACCAAUAUCGUACUAAUGGAAAUCAACCAGGGUCAGAUAGGAUGCGCGACCAAUAUCGUACUAAUGGAGACCAACCCGGGUCAGAUAGGAAGUUCGAUCAAUAUCGUACUAAUGGAGAUCAACCCGGGUCAGACAGGAGGUUCGACCAGUAUCAUACUAAUGAUAAUCUGAACCCUAAUGAUCGCCAUAACAAUGCAAGGGACUGGGUAAGAGGAGAGCGGAACGACUAUUCUGCAAGAAGCCGAUCUCCGGGUGGCUACGAUCGAUCAAACGACAGAAGCGAUUACGAUAGAAAUUAUAACCCACCUAAUCCUAACCAGCUACAGUCAAAUACCGAGUACGACCAUUCCCGGCGACCUUCAUACGAGAGGCAGAACAAUUAUCAGCAGUAUGGAUACGAAAAUAAUAAUAGGCAGCCGCCAGUUCGCAAAGCAUCUAACGAUCCAAAUAAUAUUCCAUCAUCCGGACCCUAUCUGCCAUCAUCGUCUCCCGAACAUAACAGAACACCCAGUGCUAGUGGAUCUCUCUCGUCAUUAAGCUCUACGCAAUCAUCACGAGGUAGGAAAUUUAGUGGAGAUACCGUAAGUACUGCGAAUACUCAGAAUACCGGUGGCGUCGACACACUGAUGGAUGAUCUGCUCAAAGAAAUGAGUAGUCUUUCAACGUCAUCUAUGAGCGAACAUGAUAGCCAGAAUAAAGCCUAUCACUCACGAAAUGCAAGUGCUACAAGCGAUAUCUGUGCCUACUGUAACGGACCGAUAUUAUCUAAUCCCUUGCGAGCAUUAAACAAAUUAUGGCAUCCUCAUCAUCUUUUGUGCGCACGAUGUAAUAAACCAAUUGACCCAGACGUUGGACACGUAGAAAAGAAUGACAAAGUAUAUUGUCCCCACGAUUUCACGGAUUUAUUCUUGCCCAAAUGCCGUGCUUGCAAUCGUCCGGUGGAGAAAGCAGUAAGUUCGAGUGAUGGAAAAUUAGAGGGCAAAUGGCAUGCAAGCUGCUUUUGUUGUCAGACUUGUCGUAAACCAUUCCCGAACAAAUCCUUUUACGUAUUCAAUAACGCACCGUAUUGCAAGCGUCAUUAUCAUAAACUCAACAAUUCGCUAUGUAAAAAUUGUGACGAUCCAAUUGAAGGUCCGUGUGCACAGACAGUGGAAGGCUGGAGAUAUCAUCCAAGCUGCUUUACCUGCUUUAUCUGUCAUGACCCACUAACCGACACAUACUAUAAUUUCGAGGAUCAUCAAUAUUGUGAGACACAUAUCAUGGAAAUUCAACAACGAAAGCAGAUUCGCGCUGAAAAGCGACAAACCAUGUUCCAUAUUCUUCGUUGA